UUUAGCCCCGCCCCCUCUGCCAGCGACAUCCGUCUCUGUGUCAAACCGAGGCUACACACUAAAUUCCUGUUCAUCUCUCUGGACUAAAGCUUUCACCCUGCACACUACGCCGAGGUUUUCUACAAACAAAACCAAAAACACAGACGGAUCCCUGAAGUUACAUCAGCUGUAAACCAAACAGCAGAUUUGCUCUGAUUGACGUCCCCCGGUGUCAUUCUUCUUCGGUCUUCCUCCAGAGGAACUCUGAGGGGCCGAAACCGGAAGGAACAUGUGCUAGAAGUUGAACAUCUGUCCUGAACGACUGGUCGGCUUUGACUCUAGAAGAUGAGCAAUGAGGAUGAAUUCUACGACGCCGUCACAGGCCUGGAUUCGGACGAGUCGUAUGAAGGGGUGUCAGAGGCCAGCUUCAAAGAUGCGCUGGUGUUUGACAGCAGCAGUCAGAAGAAGAACGGAUCAGUGCCACAGGAGAACGGCAUCAAGAAACACAGGACGUCGUUACCUGCUCCCAUGUUUUCCAGAAACACUAUCAGUGUCUGGAGUAUCCUGAAGAAAUGCAUCGGACUGGAACUUUCCAAGAUCACGAUGCCCAUCGUCUUCAACGAGCCUCUGAGCUUCCUGCAGAGAAUCACAGAAUACAUGGAACACACUUACCUCAUCAACAGAGCCUGCUCGCUGUCCGACUCCAUAGAGCGCAUGCAGGCAAUAGCUGCGUUUGCUGUGUCAGCAGUUGCGUCUCAGUGGGACAGAACUGGAAAACCCUUCAACCCUCUGCUGGGAGAGACCUAUGAACUCACCAGAGAGGACCAGGGUUUCCGGCUGGUAUCCGAGCAGGUAUCCCAUCAUCCCCCAGUCAGUGCCUUCCACGCAGAGAGCCUGGUCGGGGACUUCGUCUUCCACGGCUCCAUCUACCCCAAACUCAAAUUCUGGGGCAAGAGUGUUGAGGCUGAGCCUAAAGGGACCAUCACACUAGAGCUACUCAAGCACAAUGAGGCGUACACAUGGAGUAACCCAUACUGCUGUGUACACAAUAUCAUCCUGGGCAAACUAUGGAUAGAGCAGUAUGGCACAGUGGAAAUAGUCAACCACAGCACCGGAGACAAGUGUGUGUUGAAUUUCAAGCCCUGUGGGAUGUUUGGCAAAGAGCUGCACAAAGUGGAGGGAUACAUCCAGGAUAAGAGUAAAAAGAAGCUCUCUGUCAUCUAUGGGAAGUGGACAGAGUGCAUGUGGAGUGUCGACCCUCAGGCCUACGAGGCGCACAAGAAGUCAGAGAAGAAAGGAGACAACAAGAAGCACAAAAAUGAGGAGCAGGUGGGAGCGGAGAACGAUGAUGCAGACGACAUGCCUGAAGUCCAGGAGACAGUGUCUGUGGUACCAGGAAGCACUCUGCUGUGGAGGAUAGACUCCAGACCAGCACACUCUGCUACGAUGUACAACUUCACCAACUUUGCGAUGUGUCUCAAUGAGCUGGAGCCCGGCAUGGAGGCCAUAUUGGCCCCCACCGACUGUCGCUUCAGGCCUGACAUCAGAGCCAUGGAGAAUGGCAACAUGGAUGACGCCAGUCGGGAGAAAGAGAGACUGGAGGAGAAACAGAGAGCUGCCAGAAAGGAGAGAGCCAAGAAUGAUGAAGAGUGGUCUACAAGUUGGUUCCAGAUGAGCACCAACCCGUACACCGGCUCCCAGGACUGGAACUACAGCGGUGGCUACUUCAAUAGGAACUACCAUGACCUGCCCGAUAUCUACUGAUAGCCCGCCAGCCUUCACCCUCCUCCUCCUCCUCUUCCUCUCCUAUAACCCGCAGUGAUCUGCCUGUCAAAAAUCGGACAUGUUCAGAAUGCAUUUAAAAACCCACCUUCAUCUUACUGCCUUCAACGUCACCUCCUUUCUCUGUAAAACUUAACACACCCAGCGCAUUGGAAGGAUGUACAAAGAAGCCAAAUGCCUGUCACUUCUCUCAAACAGCAGCUUGCCUUGAUGUCUAUUGAGUCUUCAGGUCUUUUUUUAACAUGUCAAGGACUUUACACCAUCUUCAGUCUCAUUCUCAUCACCUCUGUGUGAUUUUUUGUCACCUAACGACCAGCAAAUGUCUCCCAUCUCUCUGUCCCAGCAUCGUUCAGAGCACAAUAACCAUUUUAUUCCUGACCAGUCCCAGUGGGUGAGAGUUGGUCCGAUCUGAAUGUGUAACGUCUUUACAAUCAAACUCUCUCCUCUGAGGAAACCGCCAGCCAAGCCUCUGCAUUUAAAAACAGUCACAUGGGUCAUCGAUGAGUAAAAAACAACAUGAACGCAGGACAUUAUAAUCACAGUGAUUAAUGGACAUGGAGGGAAACCCAGUCAACGGGGAAAUCAGGGAUGUGAAUGCUCCUUUGACUGAAGAUGGAUCAUGAGGAUGAUUUCUUUCUUUUUGGAAACUUUUUUUAAGACACAAACACUCAAAAAAAAUUAACAUGGAUGUGUUUAAGGAACAAAAUUAUAAAGAUUUAUUGUGUAAUAAAUAUGAUUACCUUGGUUAGGACCAAUGGAAAGCAGACAUUACUGUCCAUGUGUCAUAUCCCUGAAGCAUUUAAUAUCCACUGUUACUGUCCCAACACACUCCGCGCAAGGUUUAUGCAUCAAGACAACUACUAGAAAACUGAUGCUUCCUCGACAGCAGAGUGGAAUGUUUAGCUUGAGUGGGACCAGACGAGAAACCACAUGAGAUCUGAUGUUUUCACCUGCAUUGAAACAGGAGAAGAAAAACCCAAAUGAAUGAAUGUUUCUGUGCGGCGGUUUAACUGUGCUGGCUGCAAAGUCAUAGCUGAGCUUUACUGAUAUGAAGACAGGCGCCACACAAGUGCAAAAAAAAAAAAAAAAAUCAGAUUUUGUUUUCACCAUCUGGUUCGUUCACAUCGACAUGGCUGAGGAGGAAA